AUGAACUGCAAGACAGAAGAUGACAACUGCCCUGAUGGGAGUAGCAACAACCCGAAGAAGAUGUUAAAAUGCGUGGUGGUCGGGGACGGUGCGGUUGGGAAAACCUGUUUGCUGAUGAGUUACGCUAACGAUGCCUUCCCAGAGGAGUACGUCCCCACUGUGUUUGACCACUAUGCAGUAACUGUGACUGUGGGAGGACAACAACACUUGCUGGGACUUUAUGACACUGCAGGACAGGAGGACUACAACCAGCUGAGACCCCUGUCCUACCCCAACACGGACGUGUUCUUGAUUUGCUUCUCGGUGGUGAACCCUGCCUCGUACCACAAUGUCCAGGAGGAGUGGGUGCCUGAACUGAAAGUCUGCAUGCCCAACGUGCCUUACGUCCUCAUAGGAACACAGAUUGAUCUCCGGGAUGACCCCAAAACUUUGGCUCGACUGCUUUACAUGAAGGAGAAACCACUCACCUACGAGCAUGGCGUGAAGCUGGCAAAGGAGAUCGGGGCACAGUGCUACCUGGAGUGCUCAGCCCUCACACAGAAAGGCCUUAAGACUGUCUUUGAUGAAGCAAUCCUGACCAUUUUCCACCCCAAGAAGAAGAAGAAGCGUUGUGCAAAGUGCCACAGGUGCUGCACCCUUGUGUGAAGUCACUUGGAAAGAAAAACUAGAUGAGUUCAAUGAAACCAAGCAGGUUAGAAAGGCAAUGAAGGUCACACGCAACUGAAAUGGGGAACAUGACCAGAAAGGGGUCCUUCUUACCCAAAACUAGGAGCCCUCUGUUCUGUGAAACCUCCAAGCUGUAUCACACUAGGCCAACCCAUGUCUCUGUGCUUUCCUAACCCUCCAGAGCUGUGUGCAGCCACUCCUGCUGCUGCUGACUGCGCUGAGCCAACAGAAACCAGGACGCCUGCUCCUGCUUGACUCCUGACCUUAGGAACAAGGUGAAG